CUGCUUCACAGCCUGAGGGCAUCAAAGUAGUGUUUGCUAAGGGUUGUUGGGAAUUGAGACUGUGUUUCAAAAUGUGCUUUAAAGCUACAGCCUGUACACAGCUGAAUAAGGCUUAGUUCAGCUCAGUGCAGCAGCAAAAAGAUGGGAUGUUCUAAAUUCCACUGUGGGAGCCUGCAUGCCAUGGUUUUGGCUUAGCAAGAUGUGUGAACCAGGCCACUGAAUCUAGGGACUAAUACUAAAAAAAGUUUAUUUGAGGACUUACUUAGAUUACUUUUGGGAAUUCUGUGAAAUGUUUUCCUUCUAUCAAAUUAGGGGGAUUGAGUGGCAAGAUUUCCCAUGAUCAUUUAGAAAGUGAAUAUUUUUCAGUAUUCAAGCUGCAGAUUGUAAGCCCAUACAUUAGCCAGUAGGCUCUUUUAUGUUUGAUUUUUUUUAAAUAUUGGUAUGAGGGGUUAUGCUAUAAAUUAAAUUUACUGAGGGACUGUAUUGUAUUCAAGGGCAAAUGUCUUUUUGAUGGCUGUGCUCUAUCUCUGCAGCCGCAGGCAGCAAUGUUUCCAUAUAUCAGUUGCUGGAAACCACAUGAGGGAAGACCGCUCUUGUGCUGGGAACCUGCUUGCUGGUUUCCUAUAGGCAUCUGUUUGGCCACUGUGAGAGCAGGCUGCUGGACAAGAUGGGCCAUUGGCCUGAUCGAACAGGCUCUUGGGUGCUUAUGAUAAGCCCAGUCCAAAUCUCACUGAAAGCGGCUAGGAAGGUGCAAUAUAAGUGCAAAGGUGUGCAGUUAGGUGGAGGCACUGCCCGCUGCAAAACACUUCUUACAUAGCCUGCAAUCCGACAUACACUUGUAGGUGAUAUUGAAAUCAAUGAGGGUUCCCUCCUUUUUUCUGAAGACACAUACAGAACUGCACUAAAGCAAUGACAAACCUAGACAGCAUCUUAAAAAGCAGAGACAUCACCUUGCCAACAAAGGUCCGUAUAGUUAAAGCUAUGGUUUUCCCAGUAGUGAUGUAUGGAAGUGAGAGCUGGACCAUAAAGAAGGCUGAUCACCAAAGAAUUGAUGCUUUUGAAUUAUGCUGCUGGAGGAGACUCUUGAGAGUCCCAUGGACUGCAAGAAGAUCAAACGUAUCCAUUCUUAAGGAAAUCAGCCGUGAGUGCUCACUGGAAGGACAGAUCCUGAAGCUGAGACUCCAAUACUUUGGCCACCUCAUGAGAAGAGAAGACUCCCUGGAAAAGACCCUAUGUUGGGAAAGAUGGAGGGCACAAGGAGAAGGGGAUGACAGAGGCCAAGAUGGUUGGAUGGUGUUCUCGAAGCUACCAGCAUGAGUUUGACCAAACUGCGGGAGGCAGUGGAAGACAGGAGUGCCUGGCGUGCUCUGGUCCAUGGGGUCACGAAGAGUCGGACACGACUAAACAACAACAACAGGUUAUAUUGAAAUCAAUGAGGGUUUCCCUCCUUUCUUCUGAAGACACAUACAGAACUGCACUGUUGCUCAGUAGAGUUUAAACUGGUCCACCAACCCUAGAACCACAACGUCAGUCAACCAGACGAGCCUCCCGUAAGGGAUUCUUUUGUCAAAGAUGACCGCGCCCUAAUCGGUAGCUAGGCAAGGAUCCCCACCAUGCACUGCGCUCCGCCGGAGUGUUUGCAAAGCUCCUCGGGAAAUGUAGUCUUCUCUAAAGAGCCGCCUCGGCGAAGCGCUCCCCGAGGUAAACAGAAUCCAGCCAAUAGCGAGUGGGCCGCCCGCCGACUCGGCCCUCUGCCAGCCAAUCGGAGGGCCAACACUGCUCUCCGGGGGGCGGGGCUUGCUGCUGCUGCUGCUGCUGCUGCUUCUCCCACCGCGCGUGGCGUAAUCUGAGGUGAAAGGUAGAAGGGUCAGGGGAGGCGGCCACGGAGGCUGUUGCCGUUGAAGCUGCCGCGCGCCGGCAGGGGAGGAGGGGGAGGAGGAGGCGGCAGCGGAGCAGAAGAGGCGGGAGGGGCUGCCUGGCCGCGCCCUGCCUCAGGGAUGGCGUUGGAAGCGGCGCUGGCGGCGCUCGGUGGGCGCGGCGGCGGGGCCGAGCGGGACCUGAGUCGCUUCAAUGAGCAGGUAACGACGAGGGCGCGGCUGGGCUCGCCCCGCCUCGGAGCGCCUUUCCUUGCUCAUGGCCCCUCAGGAGAACGCCCACCCUUCUCUCGCCCCUCGAAGCGGCGCCGCGCCGGGUGGUCCGUUGGAAUGCCGAGGGAGGGGCGGGACCCUCGUCCUCGCGCUGCUCUUUCCCGGUGGGCUGCUACUGGCGGAGCACCGGGAGGCCCAGUUCUUGGGUCUCCGAAGCGAUUCGGAGCCUCCCGCCCCCCCCCCCAACAGCUCUUCUCUGGCCAUGGGGCGCUCUGAAGCGCAUUUAGGCUGCAUUUGCCAGAAGAAUUGGGUCCUCGGUGCCCCCUUCGUGGCUGUGAGCAGAUCUUUGCCAAAUCUAUCCAAUCUGAAACAAAACAAAAUUAAAUAUUUAAUUUUGUUUUGUUUUUGAAAAUCAAUAAAAAGCAUUUUUUAAAAAACAACAAAUCUAUCCAAUCUGAUCAACCCAGAUUAAUUCUUGUAGCAUUUACCCCAGUAUCUUAAUAUUUUGCUGGAAGCCGCCCAGAGUGUCUGGGGAAACACAGCCAGAUGGGCGGGGUAUAACUAAUAUACUGUAUUAUUAUUAUUAUUAUUUAUUAGCAGCAGCUCUGUGCAGUCUUAGCAUUUCUUUCCCUGUGGAAAGCAUUAUUUCUCUAAUCUACUGCGUUUCGUAUUGUAUGUAAUCCUAAUUAUACUUGCCCUGCUUCCCCUGUCACCACCAUCAGCAGCCUGCAAUUUCUCUUAUAUUUAUUUAUUUAAAAAGAUUCUUUUUAUGUUUUCCAAUCAUCUUCAGAUCUGAUCUUAACCACAGCAGAACGCACACCUUAUUUUUUCUUUUCUUUAGGAUAAUGGUCUCUUCCCUUUCUUAAAUGGCUGUGUAAUACUGCAAAGAUCUGUAACAAGUUCAAAGAGUGUGUUGUAGCAAAUAUGUGUGGCCAUAGCUAUGCACAUCUCUGGGUUGACUAAAGGGCACGUAUUAUAGCAUUAGGAGGUUUGGAAACAAGGAAUACUUAAAAAAACAACCAAUGUACAUUAAAAUAAUGGCUAUCUUCCUACAGUGUUGUGGCUACUAGAAGCUCCCUCUCCCAAAUUUGUAGUAUUUCCUGUUAGUUAGAUUAUUAUUAUGUAGUAUUUCCUGUUUGCUAGAUUAGACAGCUGUCGUCGUCCCCCGUCCCCCCCCCCUUGUGCUGUGGAUUGAUCCAUUAAGCAUCCAUGCUGCUUUGAGUUGAAUGCUCUAAGCAAGGUUAGCUUUGAAGCUUCAGUUGGCCCACCAAGCUGGUUGCUUAGUUACUGGAGUGCCAGCUAUAGCAACAUUGUUCCACUGAUCUACAUUGCUUUCUAGUGUAUUGCAAAGGUAAUUAAAAUGUCUGAUCUAAAGCCGACUGGUUGAAAUAUUUAUUUCUUGAUAGGUGUGUAUUAUAUUCAAAGUGUAUUAUAUCUGGGUUCAGAUUUCAGGUUGCAGCCCAUACCAGGAGAUAAAGAUACAUGUUUAGUAGUUUUACAUUUCUAUAUGGAGGUCAAAUUGUCAGGCUCCUUACGCACUAUGUUUAAAGGCCCUCUCUCUUGUUCUGGUCCAGCUGUGCAUUCAUCCUGGUAAAGGUAAAGGGACCCCUGACCAUUAGGUCCAGUCGGGACCGACUCUGGGGUUGCGGUGCUCAUCUCGCUUAAUUGGCCGAGGGAGCCGGCGUACAGCUUCCGGGUUAUGUGGCCAGCAGGACUAAGCCGCUUCUGGCGAACCAGAGCAGCGCACGGAAACGCUGUUUACCUUCCCGCCGGAGUGGUACCUAUUUAUCUACUUGCACUUUGACGUGCUUUCAAACUGCUAGGUUGGCAGGAGCAGGGACUGAGCAACAGGAGCUCACCCCGUCGCGGGGAUUCGAACCACCGACCUUCUGACCGGCAAGUCCUAGACUCUGUGGUUUAACCCACAGCACCACUGGGCCUCUCCUUCUGAUCUCCAGGAGCAAGCAGGAUAGGAGGAAGUGAUCCUUAAAAUAUCCUUCUAAGCCAGGGGCCUCCAGUCUUUUAAGAUCAGGGGGCACAUUUGGAAUUUUGGGAGGUUGGGGUGGGUAUACCGGUAUGUCACAAAAAAUGACUGCUGAAGGGGUGUGGCAUAAUGGUUUCAACAUAGGAGAAGCUGAGCCAGUGCAAAUAGGAACUGAGCAGGACACGCAAACAGUCUCUCAUAAAUUUCGCAGAAAAUUUCCCAGGGACUUUUUGUUUUUCUUUUCUUUCUUUAAUAAAUUUCAAUACCACCCUUCAUCCAAGGAUCACAGAGGAGGUGGGGGUUUACAAUAUAAAAACAUAAAAAAUAAUUCUUCCCACAGUUGAAAAGGUCAUGCAUAGAUUGUUUAAUUAGCCAAAAGCCUUGCAGAAGAGGAAUUAACUGGUGCCCCCUGUCCUAAGCCAUUUAGGGCUUUAAAGAUAAUAGCUGGAUCGGUAUAAUGUGAUUAAAGGCCAUCUUAGCAAGUGGUGUACCUAUAGUCUUGGCAAGCAUCACUUUGCUAAUAAAUUGAGUAUCAUAAAUUGAGUAAACGCAUAUACUAGGGAGUAAGCCCCACUGAGCUCAGUGGAACUAACUUCUGAGUAAAUGUGCGUAGAGUUGCACUGUUGACAUCCUAAGGUUAGCCUCUGAGGGGAUGAUAAAGCAUUUUCUGGCAAAAUCAGAAAGCUUGUAUGAGGACUAUUAAAACAUUUUUAAGAAUGGAUAUUUUUUUUUUGUUUUUGUUUUUCAGAAUAGGUCCACCUUCAAAUUUGAAACAUCAGAUGAAGAGAAAAGAAAGGUAAGAAACACAGAAACAGGCGUGGGGGGUGUUUCUUCACGGUACACUGAGAUAUAGGGUUCUUACGGGCUAUAAGUAGUCUGCUUUUCCUCUCCCUGCUUUGCGUCUGUUAUAACAAUGCCAGGAUUUGUUGGCGACCAUUAUACUUAGGGUUGUUUCUGUCGUGUAUAUUUGAUGUUUGUUGAAUUUAAUAACUUAAAAUCAAACUUGGGCCUGGGCCUGUUGUUGUUCAACAUCUUUAUAAAUGACUUGGAUGAAGGUAUUGAGGGAAUGCUCAUCAAAUUUGCAGACGACACCAAGCUAGGAGGGGUAGCCAAUGCUGCUGAAGACAGAAUCUGGUUUCAAUAUGACCUUAACAGAUUAGAGAACUUGGUCUAAACUAAAAAAAAAGAAAGAAAAAGAACUUCAAUAGCUGCAAAUGUAGGCAGGAAAAACCAGCUGCACUGAUAUAAGGUGCGGAAUACCUGUAUUGACAGUAGUACAUGUGAAAAGGAUCUAGGGAUCUUAGUAGACCACAAGCUUAACCUGAGCCAAAAGUGUGAUACAGAAGUGGAAGCAGCUAGUGCUACAGUGGCAUUGUACCAUCAGCAGGUGUUCUGUUCCCUAAGAUUAGAAGAUGUCAGUGUGGAAUCAGCCCCCUUUUUGUUUGUUUAUAUAUAGGUUUCACCUUUUUUUUGGUAUCAUAAUUUGUAAACACAAAGUUGCUGAAAUUUAGAACAAUAUUCAUUGUUAGGCAUUAGUAAUGUUGGGCUUUUUAAAAGUCACACCUUCCAAAUUGCAAUGAAUCCAGAAAAUAAGCAUUAAUAUGUAUAGAAGGGCUUAUUUUUGCAUGUGAAAUUAUACAGAUAUUAUCAUGUUUUAUAUACUCUGAUUGCAGCAGUAGUAAAUUUGUUCCUUCCGAUCAACAAUAUAACAGUUGAAAGCUGUGGGGAAAUGGGCAAGAAGGUAACAUCUUUUGCCUCUUAAAAUAGGAAGAGACAUAGUUGCCACAUCUUUAAAGAAUUAACGUUUCAUAUCAGUUGUCCCAAUGCAUACAUCUGUAGUUAAUGUGAAUUGAUCAUUUUAUUUUACUUUAGAAGAUGUAUUCUUACAACUAUUUGGAUUUAAGAGAUGAUGAGUCAUGUUUCUGACAGUACACUUUGUUUGAAAAAAAAAAGGCUUCAUGGGUCAUGACAGUGACUCCGCCUUUUCACCUUAUUUGUGGUGAAGUUUAACAUAAUGAUAUAGACAAGUAGCUUUCUAAUUUGUUACAAUGGUAAUUUGCUAGUUCAUGGAGAUGUCCGUAUCCACUCUGUGACUGCCAAGGAUUUUUUUAAUUGUGCCUUGGGUUGCCUGUUCACCAUCGUCUCUUUUUAGGGCAGGGAUGUGAAAAUCUGUGACCCCCAGAUUUAUUAUUAUUAUUAUUAUUAUUAUUAUUAUUUUAUACCCCACCCAUCUGGCUGGGUUUCCCCAGAUGUUGCUGGUCUAGAACGCCCAACAUGGCCACUUGUCAGGGAUGAUGGGUGCAUCUGGAGGGCAACUGGUUUUUCAUCUCUACUUCAGCACAUCUAGAUUAUGGGUCACAUGGGGAGACACCAUAGUAUACCUAAAGUCAGUGGAAGAUGCAGGUGAAUUAGUGAAUAAUAUUCACCUGCAAAUUUCACAUAAGUGCUGGUACUGUUGGUUGAUAGAGGAGCCUUUUUGGCACUGCUAGUGUAUGUAUAAUUACUGCCUAAUGUAUUAGAGACCUUUUUGUUGUUCCUCAGAGUCUGCUCUUCUUCCUUCUCUCUCCCCGCCCCCCUCGCCCCAGUAGAUGAGUCAUCAGUUGCAAUGCAAUCAGGGGUUUCUCUGGAGAACAUGCUUUAAAAAAAUCCCCACAUAUUACAAGCUGUCUUCUAACUGUAAUAAGUACAUAUCAGAUUCUUAAAAGAUAGGUGAACGCUGAUUGUCUAGGCCUGAUUGCUUUUGCCUUAAGGUGGGGAAAUGAAAGUAAUUGGGAAAAUAAACGCUAAAAACAGGAACUGAGUGUAAAGAGAUGACUUAUGGCUCCCUGAGAAUGCUGGCAGUCUGGAACAAUAUGGAGGCAAGGCGUAUAAUUCACUGACUCACUAAAUGAACUUAAUCUGCAACUUAAUAGGGGUGGUUCAAAUUCUGUUCUUUUAAAUCCUUAAUUGCUGGCUGUUCUAGUCACUAAGUUAUUCAGCAUAAUUCAUUUUCUCCAUGACUAAAACGUUUGUCCUUGUUGUCUUCACCAUUAUCAUACUAUGCUGACAAACGGACCCCUAAACAAUGCAGAUAAGAAAAAAGUGUAAAUAUUUUUUGCCCAACCCCAAAUUUUUUUCCUCUAACCAUAGGUAGCAGGAACAAAUUAUCCGUGUAGGGCUCCACACGAUGUGACGUGCCUUCUUACCGUGUCUUGUUGCAUUCUCAUGCUCUCAAUACUCCCCCCGCCUCUCCAAUUUAGCCACCCCAGGAGCACAGCAUGCAAAAAUAUUUGACAGUGGACUCUAUUAUUAGAUUCUAAAUCACUAGCAUGCAGCUUAAAUUAAGGUGCCGUGGUUUCAGUGGCACCAGGGGUCAACAAAACCCACCUUUCUUGCUUGUCGUAGUAGAUUAAUGAAUUUCUCUCUCUUUAAUAUAUCUUAGGUCAGUGUUAGCUGGGUGUUGGCCGUUAUUUUAGAUCACAAUUUCCCACCAUCUCUGGUCAUUCACCAUGUUGUCUGUGGUUGAUGGGAAUUGGAGGUCACCAUGUUGGAUACCCUCUGCACACCUGCUUUGGCAGCAGCUGCUAUCCAUAUUGUGUGUAGCUUGACAAUUUCAGAAAUAUCUAGAAUCCUCCUGCAUCAUAGAGACUUACGUGUUUUGUGGUAUAAACUUUCACUUUGUCAGAUAUAUUAGAUGAUGUUUGUGUAGGUGUGGCUUGUUAUGGACAAUUGCCAGCUACAGUUUGCAUGGCACAACAACUUGCUGGUCCGUGUUUGGCAGAAUAGGAUGUUUUGCCUCCCUUCCCCACCCUCCCAGGCCAACUUGGGUUCAACUUGAAUAGCACUUGCUAUUCUCAGGGGCUAUUUUCAGGUCAGAUUUUAACUAGCCUCUUUAUCCUGCAUAGGCAACAGUAGGAAUGCUAUUAGCCCAUACAAGAGUGGUGUGAGAAUUAUAGAGUAACUAGACAGAGAUUCCAGCUUAUUUAUGGACUACUUUAUUCCCAGAGUUCUCAUUGACUUGAUUAUAGUCAUUCUGACCAAUGAAAGGCUGCAGAACUCAAUUGAAUUCAAUAAAUUAAGAACAUGCCUAUCUCAUGAGCCCCCUAGGGAGGGCUUAAUUAAAAUCAACUGAGAAUUUAAAAUUGAGAAGACCCUGGGUCAAAAGACAUAAUGAACUGCAAAAUCUUAAGGCCAGGCCAGGAGAAGGAAGCAUGACAUGAUGCCAAUUAUUAUUUGUUCGGGAGGCUAGGAACAUCAUGUACUUUAGUAAAUAAUCCCCAAGGAGACUAAAAUACUAGGGGCUGCCAGUGGCCCUGUGUAGUGUGGUACGUGACACUUUUUUCUGGCUGGGCAAUUUUGUAGGGUGUUUUUUGUUUUGCUUCCCUGCUCUUUGUGCUUCCCAAGUGUUUCUAGAGCAAAAAACACCCCACCAUGUAGAAUUUUCAGUGGAAGCUUCCACAAAACAGUCCUUUUUGUAUUGUUUGGUCUCUACAUCGAUGAAAACAAAAUGGCUGCAAGGUUCAGUAAGAUCUUUGCAAUUCCAGAAUGGCUAGAUGAAGUAUUUUACUUUGCUAUAUGUGGGAAACUGCAUUUGGACAACCCCGUGGGGGUUCUGCAUUCCUGCAUGCCUUUAUCUGAUCUGUUUACGGUAAUGGAUUUGGACUUGAUAGCAGAAUGCUCUCUGGCCAACAUAGUACUCACUGGUUUUAGAGUGAUACUUGUUGCUUUAUUUCUAAUCUCUUAUUAAGCAUUUAUGAACCUAACACAAAUCAGUGUCUGAGUUAGUGCACCGAGCAAAUAAAAGAAAGUUCAGCUGCGUAGGUGAUAAAUGUUGAAGAGAUAAUUUUCUCAUGUCUCAGAAAUUAUCUUUGUUGUACAGAGUACACACUAUGCUUACAUUUGUUAGCAACCUGGCACUGUUACUUGAAAAUGACACAAGCCACUAUACAGCUUUGUAGAGCUUUAAUAUGGUCAUCAGCCCUUGAACUUGGCCAUGAUUUGUACAUAAAUGUGGUAGGUUUGUGCCAUAUACCUGCAAGUUUGUGAGAGCUGUACCCUAAGAGGCAGUCUAAAACUGGUAAUUUUAAAAAAAACUUCGUAAUUUGAUAACUACUUUAUAAUGUGGUGGUACAUAAAUUUUGUUAAAUAAAUAAAAUAUCUUGUUUGUUUUUUUAACCUAAGUUAAAGGAUGCAUCAAUAGUAGUAGUAGAGUAGUUACUGUAGUCCAAAGUGCCUACAGCUAUAUGCAUGGGUGCAACUUGCUUUUUACUUAAAAAACCGAGUUCCUGUGAUUAUAUCAUCCUAUUCAGGAGCAUCCUAUACUUUCUGUGGCACAACUGAAGACAUUCCUGUAUUUUGAUGCUUUAGAUCAGAGCCAGCAAUUGAUAUGCUAGAGAAAAGCCAAGUUGUACUAUUCUUAUUUGAAUCCAUUUGUUGACCAAAUCAGACAUAAUCUAGUUCUGACUGAUGCAGCCUUCCUUUUGAUAUAAUUUCACAAACUGUGAGCCACACAGCAUACGAUAAGCUGAAGCUAAAAUAUUUUUAAUACCAUUGAUACUCUGUGACAAAUCAGAGGUGGGGAUGGGUUAUGGGUGUGUUACAUUGCAAGGCAGAAUGGUAAAAUCUCAUUCCUUUUUUCCUGUAUGUUCAGCAACUAUGUGAAGGAAUAUUGCUUUUACUGGACAAAGAUAUAAAAACAUCCUGUAAAGUCAUUUGCCUGGAGGCUCUCCGCAUACUCUCAAGAGACAAAAAAGUAUUGGUUCCUGUAACAACAAAGAAAAAUAUGCAGAUCUUGAUGAAGCUGGCAAAGCUGGACACUAUGGAGGAUUCUUUGGAAGAUGUGACAGAUUUCCCUGUCAUAGUGGAAGCUUUAAAAUGCCUUUGCAACAUUGUUUUUAAUAGUCCGGCCGCACAGAAACUCAGUCUGGAACUGAACCUGGCAGCUAUGCUUUGCAAUCUCCUGAAAAAAUGCAAGGAUCAACAAUUUGUCGAAGACAUUAAAUGCUUUGAUUUGCGUCUCCUCUUCCUCCUCUCCCUUCUGCACACAGAUAUCAGGUCACAGUUGCGUUAUGACCUCCAGGGAUUGCCACUGUUGACUCAGGCCUUGGAAAGUGCAUUUAGCAUAAGAUGGACAGAUAAAUACAUCACAGCUGAAGACCAGGAAAUGUCACCGUUGUCACUGCAAGAGACAGAUUGUGCCGUCGAAGCACUGAAAGCUCUCUUUAAUGUAACUCUUGACAGCUGGAAUGUACACAGUGAGGUAAGAUUUGAGUCUGACAUAUCUUGCCCAGGGUUAUUUCUCUGCUAGAGGAUUGCAUCUGAGACUACAAUUUUACAUCCUUGCCAUUGCAACAGUUGAUUGGGAGUAGCAUCCCAAACGCAAUGCAGGAUGCAGCAUAAAUUUCAAAAGCAGAGUCUUCUGUUUAUCUGAAACUGAAUUUUCCAGUUGCUGGAGUCCAAGCUCAAGUGUCCAGGACAAUAGGACCUAUGAUUUAGCUAAGUGUUGCACAAUGGUGCCCUCAUUAUAUGGCACAGAAUAUUCUGUCCAUAUUAUUUGAUCUAUUGUUUGGAUGCAGUUUGGCUGACUAGAAAGGCCCCACCACCACCAAGCAAAAAAGUAAUUCUUCUUGGGAGAUGUGGACACACCAGAAGAAAUAGGAGUAACUUAAUCUCCAAUGUGCUGGCCUGCAAACAGUGCCAAAGAGAAGUACUACUCCUGUUUGAGUGUGAAAGAAAACACACCAUAUGUAACUGUUAACUGCCAAGUUUUAAUUGUAAGUGGACAUUUCCAAAAGAUAUUCAGCAUGGCUCAUUAUGAAAGAAACCUUGUCUUACGUUUCUAAUAAUCUAAAAGUACUGUAAAUGGUACACUAACUACAGAAUUGCAAGGUGUUGCAGAUAUACCGUAUUUUUUGGCCCAUAGGGCGCACCUAGUUUUUUGGGGGGGAAUAAAGAAAAACAAAUUUUUCGGGAUGUAGGCAGCUCUCUGCAAGCCGUGGGAGCCCAGCGCGAAGUCGCCUGGGGCGCGCUCCGCUGUGCGCCCCGGGUUCCGGGAUGCAGGCUGCUAUCCGCAAGACUAGGGAGCCCAGCGGGAACUCCCGUGGGCUCCCAAGGCUUGCGGAUAGCUUCCUGAAGCCUGGAGAGCAAGAGGGGUCGGUGUGCACCGACUCCUCUCGCUCUCCAGGCUUCAGCGAAAGCCUGCAUUCGCCCCAUAGGACGCACACACAUUUCCCCUUCAUUUUUGGAGGGGGGAAAAGUGCAUCCUAUAGGGCGAAAAAUACAGUAGUUCAGGAUGGAAAUAUGAAAUCUAUAAGGGAGAAAAAUUGAAUUGGCCUUGAUUUUCUCCCCCCCCCCUUUUUUGUAGUAAUUUUCAAAAUUAGAAUUUGGGUAAGAGUUUCAAAGGAGAGUAUUGUUGUACUGUACUGAUGGGAGAAAAGAAUAAUGAAGCCAGUAGUUCUGUGCCUAUUUUUCACAUUUCCACUACGCACAGUAAUUCUAGUGAAACCUUACAUGAUUAAGUACAAUGGAGUUGUUAUGGCAAUACUAUGACCUAAUGAACUUUGCUCUUUGUGGGGCAAAAUGAAUGAAAGUAACAUACUAUUUCUUCCCAUGGGCACAGUAUUGCUUCUUGCAUGUUCUGCCCCAUCUUGUUUUGGCCCUUAGUAAGGAGAAGAGCAAAGGAAGCUAUGGGAAAGGGCAAGACUGAACCGUGGAUGAUCCGACUAUGUAUGUAAGAAGGCCGGGUUGCUGCGGUGGGGGAAUUGUUUGUUUUAACACCAGAUUUGAAGAACUGUCAAGAAGAGCCAAUUCAGUUGUGGAGAAAAUAAUACCUGGCAAGAAUGGCAUGAUUUUGCAUGAAUAAUAAUUGAAGCCUUACUUCUAUUACUUAUUUUGAAGACUGAGAAAACAUGUGAACAUAUGAAGCAAAGUUCACACACCCAUAUGGAUUUUGUACUGUGCCAGCCCUUUUAAUUUAAUCCCUGUUCUAAUUAGGACUCUUAGAAGUCCCCAUUUGAAGCCUUGAUAAUUAAAUAUGUUUCUCUUCAUAAUUUGUAUGUCCACAGAACGAUUCUCAUGAAUUUCGUUACAUGACUGCCAUUCUUCGUCACUGCUUAUUAACUCUGGGUCCUACUGAAGACAAAACUGAAGAGUUGCACAGGUUAGUGAAAUUGCAGGUCCAUUUAUUUUAGAAAUAAAUGCUUCUUGUUUGGCUAGGUCAGGGUUAGGUAACCGGUGGCCCAGGCAUCUAGCAAAAUCUGCAAGGCCGCAAGUUCCCCAUCCUUGGGGUAAGUGCUUGUCUGCUUGAUCUAAUACAUCUUUGCUUGCAGCACUCUGUUAACCUUUGGGUUGUUUUUUACAGUGAAAUCAAAUACUUGUAAAAUCUUUUUCAUUUUCUUUGAAUAAGUAAAACAUAAGGGUGCGGAAUUAUUGGAAUAAGACUUUGGCAGUUGCCUCAAAAGCAGUACUGUUCAAUGGCAGUAGUUUGCUUAGCACUUGGACAUGUUGCCAAUCAAACGACUUACCUAACAAGUGUGUACAUGUGUGCAGAGAAGUGAAGUGGAUUACCUCUGCUGGAGCAAGGAUGUAUACUGAAAGCCCAGAAAGGCUGAUGAUUUGUUUUUUUUCCUUGGCACUGGAUACUUAUUGUCUAAGCCAGGAUUAAUUUCCAUCCUUCCCGAAGCACUCACAGUGGUGAAUCUAAGUAAAAGUGUGGAUCUUAAGAUACAACCUUGUGUUGGAGGAUAUUUGAAAGCUUUUUCCUCUGUUGUACAUAUUAAAUGGAAGAUUAAAUUUUGAUUCAAAAGCUCUGGAAAUAUAAGACUGUGUUGUGUGGCCCUGUACCUGCCAUUGCAGAUUUCCUUUGUACACCGGACCAGCACAUGGCUUCCAGUGGUGGACUCUCCUUCAUUAGAGGUUUUUAAGCAGAGGCUGAAUAGCCAUCUGUCAUGGAUGCUUUAGUUGAGAUUCCUGCCUUGCAGGGGGUUGGACUAGAUGACCCUUUGCGUCCUUUCCAAUUCUGUGAUUCUGCAGCCUUGAAAAAAUGGUGGAAGGGCUUGUGAGAUUUUGACCAGCUUCGGGCCAUCUGAAGCUGAUACAGGCUCGUCUCAUCUUGAGCCCAAACAGAGUAGUCCACACAGCAGAAGGAUAAGCAGUAUGUGCCACAUUCUUAACUUUAUUUCCACUCUAUGCUGAGAGAAUACAAACAUGCAUCUUGCCUCUGUGAGAGCAGAGAAGCAACUCCCUCUCGGAAACAAAGAACACCGAGAGAACAGUGAAAAACAGGAAACCAGUGAACGUCACAUCCAGUCUCCCAUUCCCGUGGGAACCCAACAGUAACUCUGACUGUGGAUUGCAAAACAAUGUCUUGUGACUGCAGUUGCUGCUCAGUGAGGGAAAUAGAAACCAACAGGGCUCACCUGAGUGAAUUGGCCUUAAGGAUAGAUAGGUUUGCCGGGGGGGGGGGUGUUGGGCUGCUGCUUAAGGCACAGUCUGGUAAGAAUUCUAGUUCUGGGGUCAACAACCAUAGACAGCACAGUCAAGUCAUUUGUGUAUGGGCACACAAACAUGCCCCUUAAUACUUUGGUCCUCAAGCUCUGAGCCUCCAUAUGUAUCUAUGGUACUUCAAGUAAAAGUCAGAAUCUGCUGUAAAUAAGAACAUAAGAGCCUGCUGGGCCAGGCCAGUGGCCCACCUAGUCCAACAUCCUGUUCUCUAAGUGGCCAACCAGGUGACUGUAGGAAACCCACAAGCAGGAUUCGAGCACAAGAGCACUCUCCCCCCUCCCCGCUUCCCACCCCAACCCCAUGGUUUCCAGCAGCUGAUAUAAAUAAACAGUGGCCUUCUGUACCAGGUACCAUUGAGAUACCUAGAACCUCAUUAAUUGCUCACUUGUUUCCCUUCUUCCCUGCCAAUAUCUCAAAACAUUUGUGGGUUGGCCUUGGCAUUAAGAGCAUAACCUGAAGCAAAGCCUGCCAAAGGUGAGUUUCUUUAUCUUGCUAACGCCUAGCUCUGCCUGAUCCCUUAUGUUAGGCAUUUAACAGCUGCAGCCACACUACCGUGUUAGUAGCACUCUGUGAUCAACCCUGCUCCGUUAUUUCUGACUCCAGACCCAGUUCUGCAGUCUUCCAUGGCUCAUCAUAACCUAGUCUUUCUACCCUGCACUCUGUAGUUAACAAUUCUGUUCCUUGUUCUCAAUAGCCCUAUUCAGGCAUUCUUAAUGUCGCUUAAAUGAAUACAUGAGGAGCAUAGAGCAUGCAUAAAUGUGCAUAACUGUUCUCCCUCUGCAUAUUCAAGGGCAACUGUCAGCAGUAGGAAGGCUUCCCUUCUGCAAACAGUUGCCAUUCAACACAUGGAGAUAGGAAGGAUGGAGCAGAGCUAACAAACUUGUGCACUCUUUCCUUCUCACCUGUUCAUUUAAGCCCCAUAUACGUACACCUGAAUAGGGCUAAUAUGUUGUUGUUUUGUGCUGUUCCCUUACCUGCUCAUAUCUACCUUAAGACCUGUUCAGGCAUUACUUUGUUCUUCCCCUACAUGGUGAGUUCAGGGACAGUCCUCAAACUCAUGCCCUGCAUCUCUGCUCCGUGUUCUUGUGCAUAAAGGGGGUGAUGCCCAAACCAUCAUUUGAACACUUGGUCUCUCUUGACCUGGAUAUCUAACACACGCGCGCACACGCGCGCACACACACACACCCUUCUGACAGUGAAUGGGGAACAGAGAAUGAACACAACCUCAAGGUUCAUCUUGCUUGAAGGUGAGGAUGGGGGAGUAACAUCUGAACAGGCCGUGGGAUAACAAACCCUUUAGGAUUCUCUCCUGUUUGGUACUAUCCAGUGGUUGGUGCUGUAGUUGUAGUAGUGUGUAGCCGUUUUAAUAUUUAUAUUUGGCUCUCACAUGACUUGAUAUUUCUUUGGCUAAAAAGGCCAGGUGUUUCUCUGCUUGUUCUGUUAUGUCCCUGUUCUAUAUCAUCCUGAAACAUGUAGACCUGUUAAUAUAUCCUGGAGGAGGCAAUUUUCUUUCUUUUUGCUAAUGCUCGCUUUCUUUUUGGUCAAAAUCACUGUGCUUCAUGCUCGCUAAGCUCAAGCUGUCAGGAAGGCUCCUGACUGUAGAAGACCUAGACAACUACAUGUCCUACUAGGUGUUUCCAUGAGAUUUGGUGAGGGAAUGCUCCUUGCUCUUUGAAAAUUUAAUGGCAGAAAUAACAUCAAGCCUAGUUCUGAUGUGAUGACACACCUGCCUUUUUUAUUUAGGAAGUAUAAGUAGUACUUACUCCACAUUUUUGUUCAAGAGCAACUGUCUGAACUGAAGUUUUAUGCUUACUUCUGAUGUAUUUUUGAAUGAUAUGUUAAUUGUUAGUAUUGGAGUACAUAACCAUAAAAGUUACUAUGACUCUAUUACAGACUUCUUAUUUUAGUAAACUGCUUUGAGCACAAAAAUGGUUUGUACUUUAGUAUUUUUAUUUUGCUUUUUAUGUAUUCCUUUGAAGGCCUAUAAGGUGGAAAAGCAAUCUAAAAACCUAAAAAUAUUUUGCGGUGGGUUUCUUUGUAACCAUAGAGGAUUGCAAACUUUAUAGUGAACACACAGAUACUUGACUCAUUGUGGUUAGCAUGCAAAUGAUCAGCCUUGUCAACCCAAUGAAUUAUAUAAGAUGGAUGGAGGCUUAUUGGUGGUAUAGUCCUGUGCUCGAACAAAAAAUGUUAAUGUGCGCAGAGGGGUGAGAGAGCACAGAACUGCUUCACUCUCUUUGCAUGGAAGAUUUAGGUCUCUUAACAGAAGGUGUAUCAAAGUCGUCAAAGAGAAGGGUUGGUUUUAUCAAAGAAAUUUAUUGGUGGUUAUAACAACUUAAUUUUUUGUUUACAAAUGCUGCCCCCUAUUCACCGACCCCAAAUUGCUCCAGAGGAUUGGGGAUCAUACAGGAGGAGAACAAGGAAGUUCUCUUUCACUCACAAACUGUGUUCCACAUACACCAGGGGUCAGCAACCUUUUUCAGCUGUGGGCUGGUCCACCGUCCCUCAGACCAUGUAGUGGGCCGGACAAUAUUUUUUUGGAAAAAAUGAAUGCGUUCCUAUGCCCCACAAAUAACCCAGAGAUCCAUUUUAAAUAAAAGCACACAUUCUACUCAUGUAAAAACACCAGGCAGGCCCCACAAAUAACCCACAGAUGCAUUUUAAAUAAAAGGACACAUUCUACUCAGGUAAAAACACGCGUCCGCAGGCCGGAUUGAGAAGGCGAUUGGGCCGCAUCUGGCCCCCGGGCCUUAGGUUGCCUACCCCGGAUAUACACAAUUAUUUACUCAGAUACAACCCAGAACAUUUUCAUUGUCCAAUAACACAAUCCACACCCUUGGUUAUGCAGCCCUCAACUGCUUUUGAGUGCAAUUGUGAAAUUAAAAAUUAAAAAUUUAUACCCAUGUAAGAAACACACGGGUGGUGCUGUGGUCUAAACCACAGAGCCUAGGACUUGCUGAUCAGAAGGUUGGCGGUUUGAAUCCCCACGACAGGUUGAGCUCCUGUUUCUCGCUCCCAGCUCCUGCCAACCUAGCAGUUCAAAAGCACGUCAAAUUGCAAGUAGAUCAAUAGGUACCACUCCGGCAGGAAGGUAAACGGCGUUUCCGUGCGCUGCUCUGGUUUGCCAGAAGUGGCUUAGUCAUGCUGGCCACAUGACCUGGAAGCUGUACACCGGCUCCCUCGGCCAGUAAAGCGAGAUGAGCGCCGCAACCCCAGAGUCGUCCAUGACUGGACCUAAUGGUCAAGGUUCCCUUUACCUUUACCUUUAAGAAACUAAAGAACCGCUUGAAGUAGAAUUUUCUAUAUGCGAAAACUGAUAUUUAUUUCAGAAUAGUGUGUGUGCAUGACAUAGAAAACAAAUAGCCAUUCUAUUUUAUUGGCCUAGCCUGAAAAUUUAACAUUUUCAAAUAGAAGGACAAUACAGUCAUACCUCGGGUUAAAGUCGCUUCAGGUUGAGCGUUUUCAGGUUGCGCUCCAUGGUGAUCCGGAAAUAACGGAAUGCGUUACUUCCGGGUUUCGCCGCUCGCACAUGCGCAGACACUCAAAAUGAUGUCACGCGCAUGCACAGAAGCAGCAAAUGGCGGCACACGCAGGCGUGGGUUGCAUUCUGCUUUGGAUGCGAAUGGGGCUCCGGAACAGAUCGCUUUCGCAUCCAGAGGUACCACUGUACAUGCCAUUUUAUCAUAAGUUGAAUUCUUGACCUUUAAAAGUAGCAGGGGAUGGAGAAGUCUACCUGAGACCCCAGAGAGCUUCUUAGUCGUAUACCGUAUCUUUUGCCCUAUAGGACGCACUUUUUCCCCUCCAAAAAUGAAGGGGAAAUGUGUGUGCGUCCUAUGGGGCGAAUGCAGGCUUUCGCCGAAGCCUGGAGAGCGAGAGGGGUCAGUGCGCACCGACCCCUCUCGCUCUCCAGGCUUCAGGAGAGCCCCAGCGCCAGCCCCACAAGGUCGGGGGACAGUGGGGAGGCGGAACGCCGCCAUCCCGCUGUCUUCCGAUGUGGUUUGGAGGCUGACGGCGGGGAGACGCGUGCUUCUCCCCGCUGCCUGCCCUGCAAGCUCCGGGGACAGUGGGGAGGCGCAGCGCGUCUUCCCACUGUCCCUGGACCUGGUCUGAAGGCGGGCGGCGGGGAGAAGAGCGCUUCUCCCCGCUGCCUGCCCCGCAAGCUCCGGGGACAGCUGGGAGGCGCAGCGCGUCUUCCCGCUGUCCCCGGACCAGGUCUGAAGGUGGGGAGAAGAGCACUUCUCCCCACUGCCUGCCCCGCAAGCUCCGGGGACAGCUGGGAGGCGCAGCGCGUCUUCCCGCUGUCCCCGGACCAGGUCUGAAGGUGGGGAGAAGAGCACUUCUCCCCGCUGCCUGCCCCGCAAGCUCCGGGGACAGUUGGGAGGCGCAGCGUGUCUUCCCGCUGUCCCCGGACCUGGUCUGAAGGCGGGCCGCGGGGAGAAGAGCGCUUUUAAAAACACUUAUAUAAAUUGGUUGCCUUUAAAUUGUAGAAUACUUUUUAUUCCUCCCUGUUUCUAACAGGAUGCAUAUGAGAAGCUUAUAUAUCUUAUAGUGCUAUCCAUCAUGUCACUUAAAAUAUUUGAAGGUACUCUUUAAAUUAUUGUAUGCAUUAAAAUAAAUGCCAUGUUUGCCAACUAACAAGAUUUUAAUCAAGGCUUUCAGUGGUGCUAAACAGUUGUUUGCUUUCAUAUUUGCAUAUCAGGAGGGGGCUGAGAGCGUGAGUAGGUGGAUGUCAUGUCCCAGUGAUUAAUGAUCUCUAAGAAGCUGAGAGAGGGGAUAAUAUACACAGCAUUUCUACCCCCUGGAGGAAGAAUGCAAACACCAUUGUGCAGAUCUGUGCACAGUCACUGACUUCCUGGUAGCUGGAGAAUUUCAUACACUUCUUGGCCACAAAUAAAACUGUCAGGCGGAGUGACAAAGAUCAGAAAGCCAAGCUUUGGUUAUUGAAAAGAAUAGCUCAAGCACAGUGAUCCAGAAAAUUAAUUUUGUAGGUGUUUGGGAACACCAUUCUUAUUAAGAAACCAGUAAAAAGGGGCCUUCUGUGGAAACUAUCCAAGCUGCCAGUCCCCGUCCCCACCCCUGAUUCGAUUUUGCUGUUUCUUGCCAGUUCAGUUUUACUGAAAGCAAGUUAUCUUGCAAAAUGUGAGGUAGCUGCAACAAAACCCAGCCUCCCAUCUUGUGUUCUGCAUCUCACUUUCUCUUGAUGCUGCUUCCAGAAAGUAAAAAAGGAGAAUGAGCUAUACAGUACUGUGGUCACAGGCAUGGUGAAAGAUGUUGUGCAAAAAAGAACUUCUGGUAACUACUUCUAAGUAAAAUGUUUGCACAAAGUGAGAUAAGAGACAAGAAUUAGUGACUGAAGCCAUUUGCUGACUUAGAUACACUAGAAAUCAGUGGAACUUGCCUGUAUGGUCUGUAUGAAUCAGAAUAAAAGUGAAUGUAUGUUUGCUCUUUGCCUGUGCUAAUGUUGUGGCUUAAGUGCCUUCUAGGUACAUAAUGCAAGCAGUUUGUGAACUUCUAAAUUUAAUGCCAAGAAGAGAUGUCUAGCCUACAGUGUUAUCUUUCAGCCAUCAAAAUUGUAACACACUAAUCUUUGGAAGUAUGAUUUUAAGAUUAGCUAGCUACACAGGUAGUUUGGGUGGGGGUGGAGGUUGAGAGAAUGGAGAUUUUGAAAAACAAAGCUUAUCAAAAUUGCUUAAGAAAGCCUUUUGCAAUGCUUUUCAAGCUAACAACUUCCCAGAAUGGAAAUAAACCACAAAACAAGGAAUACAAAUGAGCUAGACUAGAUAAGCCUAAAUUGCAGUUCCCACUACAUGAUAUCUUAGUGGUGUGUAUUAGAAUAACAAUGCAAUUUUCUCCUAAAACCCUUCUCUAGGUUGAAUCUUGCUAUUCUAGAACAUUAUUUUUUCAGCAUGGGAACUUUUAAUUUGCUUAAUACAUAGAAACCAUAAAGUGCUGGGUCAUAAAAUUUAUAUACAACAGGAAAAGGAAUGCAAAUUAUACACAAACAGAACAAAACCACUUAUCAAAAUGCAAUAUAAAUCCUAACACAACUGCCAGUGCUGAGUAAGCAUGGUAAAGGUUUUUCUUUUGCAAAAAACAAACCCAGAACAGACAAAUUGGUAUAGAUUGCUAUUCCCAGUGCAUUUCAAGAAGCAUCUCUUAUCUAGGGAACUGAAGCCUGCUAACAAUCUUGACGCUGCUGUUUACCAAAGCAGCUAUUUCCUUUGUCUCCAAGCUAUUGCUGUAUAAUAACGUAGGAUGACUCCUGCUGAAGCAGGUCAAAGGCCCAUCUAAUCCAACAUCCUGUUCUCACAGUGGCCAACCAGAAGCCUGAAUGGGUGGCAGGGUUAUAUGUAUAACAUCACUGGUGCACAAAUUCUAAUGCAGACUGCUCACUUGUGUUCUUUUCCCCAGACUUCGUCUUACUACUUUCCCAUAAGACUUUUCUCUCUACUGCCAGUUGCCUGUAGGAUUGCCAGUUCUUGAAGUAAAAAAUUAUGGAACUUAGGCAGGGCCCACCUAGGGGAGUGUGAUCCUUUUGUGGCUUCACAACAGUCCUUGCUGCCCUAGGGCAUGUUUGAGAGAAAUGGCGAGAUCUGGAUUUAUUAUUAUUUUUUUAUCACAUAAUCUCAGGAAAGCCUCUAUUUCAUUUGAGUUCCUGCCCACCAAGUAGUACUAUCUGUGCAUGCUGUUGGGCCCCUGCACAGACCACAACACAAUCCAGGCUAUAUAUGUGGCACAAUGAGAAGGCAAAACAUACUCACAGAUGGGCCAAACCCCAGACUACAUGCGACAUCAUGUGUUCGUUACAUGGCCAAAGACUUCGGUGUGUGUGAAAGAAACAAAACAGAGGUUUUGUGUGUGUGCCCAUUCAUGGGAAGCUCUCACACCAGGGAGUAGCUUGGUCUCUUCAAACAAGCCUUUAAAGUAGAGAUCUUUCCCAGUCUGCAUCUGUAUUGGAAUUAUUUGUAGACAUGUUAUUCUUUGGGCGUUUGCCACUCUUGGGCUCCUUUGAGAGGAAGUGUGGCAUAUAAAUCUAAUAAACAAAUUUCAAAAAGGCUAAGAACUUGCUGCUGCUUAAAAAUGCUAAGAAUUUUAGGAAGAUGAAUUCCGUACUUUCUUCUACACUUCAUGCUUCCAUUCCAUUGAAGUAUACCAGCAAUCCUGUUGUUAUUUAAACUUUGGAAUUUACCUUUUCCUUUAUUUGAUAAUCUCCCCAAAGUCUACCAAAUCCCUGAAAAUUCUUUGGAAUCUAAGAUGAAAUCUUAGAAUGGGGUGUACUAUGUGUUAUACAGGUACAGCGUUAUAAUCUGCUAUUAUGCUAGAACAUACAGGUUCUUCAACACAAAUGCUUGGCAUUCAGAUGUGGUGUUUGCUGGCACGGUAUGAAGAAAAUAGUGUCAUGAAUGAGAAUGUUUUUAAAAUCUGUUUCAGCAAUGCAAUCAACCUUUUAAGCAACGUUCCAGUUUCUUGUCUGGAUGUCCUUAUCAGUCCAUCGACACAAGAGGAUCCCGAGGACACAGAUAUCAAAUAUAAUGGCAUGAAUAUGGAUGCAAUUCAGGUGCUAUUGAAGUUCAUGGAGAAGAGAAUUGACAAGGUUAGAUUGUUUUAUAUAAGAGCUAAAAUCAUUGUUUUUAUACAUUAAUUAGAUGUUCGUUGUCUUGUGACAAAUGCCAUCUUUUAAAACAGCUGUGCGUGGAAAAGCCACCUCUGGAAAGACUUUGAUUUGGAGAAAAGCAUUAAGCAUCCCCCUCACCUCCUGGUCACUUCACCAAUCACAUUCACGGCCUUUUGUCACUUGAAUAAAAGCACACAUUGUUGCGAACCUGUUAUAUGGUUUGCAGUAAUAAUGUCUUGUUGGGCCUUAAAAGCUGACACAAGCUAUCUCUUAAUAACAAAAAUGGGCCUGAAUCAGAAAUCCCCAAGUUUUUACCUAUUCUUAACCAUCUAAUAUUUUCAAGGUUGGAAGAUGGCCUUGGGGAAAUGCAAUGUCAGGUAGUUGGGUCUACCUAGGUUUUUUAUUUUUAAAAAUUGUGUUACAUAUUCAGUGUUUGCCUACAAACCAAAUCACAGUGUAGAAAGUGUGUAGAAAGAUGAGUGUGAUUGAUAUCAAUAUUUUGAUAUCAAUAUUUUGAUUAGAUACUAGGGGGGCAUAAAAACAAAUAUUUAUGCCAUAUUUGAGGGAUCCUCUGUGCAGAGCAAACAAAACAGCACGUGCACACACAAACAUACAGCUAUUUCUCACUGAAGCACUGCUUUUAAUAUCAAACCCACAAAUGAAACAUAGACUGAUUAGUUUUAUUAAAGUAAAAGCUAUCUGUUGCUUCCCACAAUCAGCAGAGGUCCUUGUGUGUGUGUGUGUGUGUGUGUGUGUACAUACACAUGCACACACACACACACACACACCAACUUAUCAUCACAUAGCCAUUAAAAUAAUACAGUACAGAUGGAACAUAUCGUUCAUCCAAAAUCAGAAAAUAUCAUUUCCUUAUCUAGACAAGAAUGAACACUAAACAACUAUUGAAAGGCAGACCACCAGUGGCGUAGCGUGGGGGGUGCCAGGGGUGCCGGCCGCACCGUGCGCAACAUCUGGGGGGGGCGCGAGUCCAGAGGGAAGGGACAAGCAAUCGAGGCUUGUUUGGGGUGGGGGGGUCGUCGUCUCCGUUUGGCCGGCCCCCCUCGAGGAAGCGGGAACCUCUCCAAGGUGCAGCGCGCCGUCGGUGGAGGAAAAAGAGCCGCGCAGCAGCAGCAGCAAAGCCGGGAGGAGGAGGAGGUGGAGGCGCCGCCUGCCGCAGGAUCCGAUCCGAGCCUGCUAAUCGCUUGCUGGGAAUUAAGCGGCUCAAAGAGGCAAAGGAAGAGGUGGAGCCGCUGGCCCGGCCGGGAGGAAGCUGGAGAGAGCAGCGCACCUGGGCGCAGCGAGGUUGGGUAGGUGCGCCCUGGCUGGCUACCCGCCUCCCGGGCUCAGUGCCUCCAUGACCCCUCCAGCGGCGAUGGGAGAGAUCGGGGGGGGGGGUCUGGAGCAGCCCCGGCUGGCCUGCUCCUGCUUCUCCCCCGCCUCCUUCCCGUUGCCAGCGCCUUGAUCUCAUCCGGAUCAGGGACGAAACACGCCCAUCCUUCGCUACUCCUUGUCGGGUCACUGCUUCAUUUCUCCAGGGAGAGAGAGAGGAGAGGAGAGGCGCUGGGGAUUGCCAAGCGCGCGUGACGCAAAGGGCCUGCCCACGCACAGGCUGAGCUCCGCGUGGCGGGGGCGGAGGGAGGCGCUCUGCACAUGCUUAGGAGGCACUCGCUCUUUCCGAAGAAGGACCCGGCUACUGGAUCAAGGCCACAAGGGCCCAUCUAGAGUGGCCAAGCAGACGCGUCAAUGAGAAGCACUCAAAGCAGGACCGGGGCACAAGAGCGCUCUCCCUUCCUGCUGUUUCCAGGGGGUGGAAGCGUCGCUGCCUCGAGCAGUGGCGUAGCGUGGGGGGUACAGGGGGGGGCCGGCCGCAACAUCUGGGAGUUAGGGUUAGGGGGCGCAAAUCCACGGGUUAGGGGGCGCAAAUUACUUGCCUUGCCCCGGGUGCUGACAACCCACGCUACGCCACUGCAGACCACUAGUGCUGUCUAAUGCAUGGAAGGCAGUGUUGGGACCAAGUGAGCUUCCUUGUGCAAGGUGUACCAAAAUUGGGGGGCUACCACAGAAAAGGCCUGUUAUCUUGUUGCUCCCUACGAGUAUCUCUUGGUGGAGACACACAGGGUGUCUUCAGAUGAUGAUCUCAGUGUCUAGAUAGGCUUAUACAGGGGAAAGGGGGCUUUAAGGUAUUGGUGUCUUGAACCAUGCAGGCCAAAGGCAGCACUUCAGAUUGGCAGCCAAUGUAAUUUAGACUGCAUAGUCCCAGUUCAUGUUUUGGCUGCUACGUUCUGCAGUAGCUUUGAUUUCGAACCUUUUUCAGAGACAGCCCAAUGUACAAUGCAUACAUCAUGAUCAGGAAUAUUUGAAAAUCAUCCGCAUGUCUGAAAACAUGUCAUAAACACGCCUGGGAACAUUAGCCAAUCACAGCUCUGGAGGCAUUCAUUUGUGAAUUUUCAGGUGUGGAAAUGCUCUUUAAAUGGUAUGGGAAAGACACGAGGGACCUGCUGUGGAAACUUGUUUUGAGAAACACUAGAGCAGGAAUAUGGAGUAUGGUAGAAAAUCCCAAUGUUCUUGGAAGAAAAAUGAUGUGUCUUGUGAUUUCUUAUUCUAGGGGAGCAGCUAUCGGGAAGGUCUCACUCCAGUUCUCAGUUUGCUAACAAGAUGCUGCCGAUCCCACCGGAACAUAAGGAAGUUUAUUAAAGCUCAGGUGAGAUACCACAGAGAUGAAGGUAACAAAGGAAUACAAACACUUGACAGGAAGGCUAUUUUAAAUAUUAAGGGAUCUUGUUUAUAUUUUCACAAGGUAUUAUACCUUUAUCUUGCUUUAUAGCCUUGGGAAGCCCUUAGAGUUGCUUGCAAAAUUAUUGCUUGCAAAAAACUCACACUCAAAUGGGGGAACGUUUGGCCCUUGAGAUGGAGUUGGAAUCUAGCAACCAUCGUCCCUGCCCAUUGGCCAGGCUGACUGAGACUGACAGGAGUUAACCAACAGCUUCGGGGGGGGGGCAGGUUUCCCAUCCCUGGAGUACAGGAACGGAAGCUGCAUGAUGCCCAUAUGGAACCAGGAUUAUUCAGGCAGCAUUUCUUGCUCUUAUCCUUUCCCCUUGGUCUCCUACCUGGCACUGUCUCCCACUGAUGACCUCUGAGACAAGCGAGUGGGUCUGAGCAGCUGGGUCUCUUCCCUGUAUUCUCUUACUAGUAGUUGCUCAGCAGCAACAAAGGAAUGGGGCUAAGACCUCAUUGCAGAGCUAGGCAGAGUGUUAAAGCAGAAUUUUUACAAAUACUUUUGAAUAAGAAAGUGUGGUGAACACUUUCCACUGGAGAUUAAUUGCUCUUAUUACUUGUUUUUGUCUUUAGGUGUUGCCUCCCUUGAGAGAUGUAUCUAAUCGCCCUGAAGUUGGCACAACACUGAGAAACAAACUAGUGCGACUCAUGACUCACGUUGACCUAGGAGUGAAGCAAAUCGCUGCAGAAUUCCUUUUUGUUCUUUGCAAGGAGAGAGGUACAGGCUGGUUCUUAUAAUGAAUGUGGGUGGUUAUUCCAGACUUCUGAACAAUUGCUUGCCUGGUUAUCUCCUGACAAAUAGAAUUUGCUUCUGAACAAUCACAAAUGAAAGUUUUUAAACUGGUAGAGAGUUUAUUGAAGUUGUUAAUAUGUUACAAAUGCCUGCUUGAAUAUGCGCAGGUGGGACAAUAAACCUUUUUUUUAAAAAAAAAUAAUUUUUAUUAACAGGCCAAUCAAAUCACAUUAAUUCCAAAUCACAUUAAUUCCAAAUUACAUAGCCAAAUUUUAAAAUUUUUGUUGGGGGUACCCAUGCUUCGAGCUCCGAAAGGGAUCCCAAUAUCAGUCUUGCUGCUGCUUUAAUAUACAUAGUUCUGUCCAAAUAGUAUUCACAGUUCUAUUCAAUCUUCUCUUUGUUGUUUUCCUCAUCUUCUUGUUGUUAUCAUAUAUUCCUUUCUUUGUGAUCUCUGAUAGUCUCCACAAGCGGGUUGAAAACAAACGUUGUUAUGUCCUGUGUGGAUUUUACACUCAUCCAAGAGCCAUAUCAAAAUAGACAGACAUCAUUUCAACACCUCCGUACAAAACGUUUCUCACAGUCUGUCCUGAUCUCCACAGGCCUGCCGCUGUCAUAAAUUUUCUCCGGGGGCCCUGCCAGGCCGAACUCACAUUCCGAUGAUAGUAACAGCCAUAGUCCUCCUCCCCCUCAUUCCUCCUGCGGGCAGGCCUGCCAUAACAAUCUCUUUUUAUGACUGCGUCACAGAGAACUUUCUUUCCUUUCUCGAUGUUCCCACAAGCCAUAUCUUUGAUUAGUAAUUAAUUUCCACACAGUUCUUAUCCUCCUGCUUGUGAUCAGUAAUUUGCAACGAUUCUUUCUUAGGGGGGAGGGAUUAUAGGGUACUCACAUAACACACACAAAAAAAAGUUUUUCAGGUGGGACAAUAAACCUAGUGGGUUUAUUUUGCAUGUCUGAAUUAGAGGCAACUCUGUAAACCCCCCCCCACACACAUUAACAGUGUUGUCAUUUCACCAGUAUGGACAGUUGUACUAUAUAGUUAUAUAUAAACAUCUUGCAUUUUAUAUAAGAAAUUUGAAAUACAAGUAUUUAGUUGCCACAAGAAGUGUAAAAUUCUAAAAUCAAGGUUUAAAUUAGGUUAUUUUAGGUGACAAUAUUUUCCUUUAGCCAUGCAUGCUGCUUUUCUUAGUUGACUAACUUUUUUCUCUUUUCUUUUUCUCAACUCUUAAGUUCUGUAGAAAAGCAGAAGACAUGCCAACUUCACUGGCAUCUUAAAAAGAGAACUGUUCCAUGCCACAUCAGACAGGGAGCAUUCAGACAAUCUGAAGACUUCGUUUAUGUUUGAAUGUGACUUAAAUUUAACAAACUUGUAGAACUCUCUCUCUCACUUUUCAGUUGACAGCUUACUGAAGUACACUGGCUAUGGCAAUGCAGCUGGGCUACUGGCAGCAAGGGGCCUAUUAGCAGGAGGAAGAGGGGAAACCUGGUACUCGGAUGACGAAGAUACAGACACUGAAGAAUACAAAUCUGCAAAGCCAAAGUAUGGUACUGCUUGGGUCUCUCACCUCAACCCCUCUCGCCUCCAGUGUAUUAAGCUUAGACUAGUUGUAGUCAGCUUUGUAUCCUCCAGAUGUUUGGACUACAACUCGUGUGACCUUUGCUGAUGAGAGUUGUAGUCUACAACCUCUGGAGGAGUACCAUGUUAGCCACCCCGGUCUUGUCUCUAACGUUGUCUAAGAUAUGUUCUUUAAUUUUUUGGACCUCUGUUUUAUCACAAAGGGCUGAAUUGUGGACUAAAACUUUGAUUACUGUAUUUUUUGCUCUAUAAGACGCACCUAGUUUUUAGAGGAGGAAAACAAGAAAGAAAAUAUUCUGAAUCAAAUGUUGUUGAAGAGGCUUUGCGGCGGCUAUCCCUGAAGCCAGAACAGCAAGAGGGAUUGCUGCGCAGCUCUCCCUCUUGCUUCAGCGAUAGUUGCGCAGCCUGCAUUUGCUCCAUAAGACGCACACACAUUUCCCCUUACUUUUUAGGAGGGAAAAGGUGCGUCUUAUAGAGCGAAAAAUACGGUAGCUUCAAGUGACCUUGAUUGCAAUGGGUGCCCAAGGUACUCCUAGAAUUGCCUGCCUGGUGAGCUUAUUACUAAGGGUUCUUUGGUAGAUAAGCCAAACUAGAUAAGCCAAUGUAGAUUUGAAAGUUGGGGCUACUCUCAGGUUUUGGUGCCAUUAAGCAUUUAGGUAUGUUCAUGUGUCUUAGAUGUCAGCUAUAAAGUCAAUAAAGAAUAAGCUUUGUGAAGGAUUAUUGGUUAUAUUUGGGUUUUUUAAAGCUGCCUCAUGGAAAAAAAAUCUUAUUUUUUCUUACAUUCUCUUUCCCCUUCCCUCCCUGCCCCCCAACCACAAAGCAUCAACCUUAUUACAGGUCAUUUAGAAGAACCAAUGCCCAACCCAAUGGACGAAAUGACUGAAGAACAAAAAGAAUAUGAAGCAAUGAAACUUGUCAAUAUGUUUGAUAAGCUUUCUAGGUAAUGUAACUAAGUUGCUUUUCAUUUCUGAGGGAGAAAUUCUUUGGCUCAGUAGAUUGGGCUUGAGACUAAAAUGGCCUGGGUAGCCCUGAAAGAUGAUUUCUGAGAUAGAUGGAGUCUCUUAUUAAUUUUCCUGGACCUGUCAGUGAUUUUUAAUACCAUCAGCCAUAGUAUUUUACUGGACACACUCGGUGGGUUGGAAGGAGAAGGCACGGUUUUGCAGUGGUUCUGCAAACCAGGCCAGUUCCAGAGGAUAGCAUUGAGAGGCUUCUGUUUGAUUGACCCUGUGGAAGUUAAUCCAUGGGUUUCCUCAGGGUUCCAUUCCAUCUCCAAUGCUGUUUGACAUCUGUAUGAAGCUGCUUGAUGAGGUUACCUGGAAAUUUGGAGGCUAGGUGGCAUCCUAUUUCGAGAGACAGCGGAGGAGUGUGCCUUUGGGGGUGAGAUCAAGCUGUUGGAAGGUUGUAGCACCUGCUGUGACUGUAGAGACUGAUAUGGGAAAGAUAUGUUUUGUUGCAGCUGGGGCAGAUAAAGACAUCCAGCUGUGCUGCUGCAAAUGCACAAACCCAAAUAUUCCUCAUUAGCCAUAUAUGAGCAUGAAGCUUUCCAAAUAAUUGGAUAAAUGUUUUGUAUUCUUCUGGGCCUAGACACAUUUUCUUCAUAAUUUAGAUGUUAUGAAGAACAUCAAGGUUGUUUGAUUUGGAGAGUCUUAGUAGGAUUCCUUUUAAAUGAUGAAUCAUGUAAAUACUCAAAAGAGUAGCGGUAGAAAGCUUUGCACAGUAUUCCAGAAGAGUGCUAGAUAUCUAAUGUUUAAGAAUCUGUUUUUCCUAAUCUGUCAAACACUGGCAUUCCCAAAACUGCCGUCUGUUUUAUAAAAUGUAAAAUAUAGCUAAAUUAAACAACUAGUCUGCAAUUCUUUGUUUUUGCACAUCAUGCAUGCCUCGAUGUUUUCCGUAUUAAUUAAAAUGCUUAUUAAAUACUUUUUCCUGCAGUUAUAAAUUGGUGGCACAGUUAUGAAUUAAUAGUCUGAAUUAAAACGACAGAGUGCUUUUUCCAAGCCAAUGUUGUAUUAAUAGCAGGAAUGCUUUUGCUGAUGAAACAGUCCCAAUUACCAUAGUUUGGGUUUUGUUGUACAUUGACACGAAGUCAACAAAACAAGUAUGCAACAGAACUGGCCUAAGUAGCAGCCUUACUCAUUAAAAAUACAGAAUUAAUCAUGGCAGUGACUGAAGAAAGCAACGCUUCCAUAGGUUUUUCCUCGCCUUUUCUAAUUGUGGAACAAAAUAUUGUACAUAAAAGGAUUGGCACUAUUAUGUAGCACUCAAUUAUAGGGAGGUGAAUAGGUCCCCAAUACACUAUUUUAUCAAAGGAACAGGCCGGUGUUUGCAAUGUGAUUGUUUCAUUACAGAGAACCGCCAUUAGUUCCAUGUGUUAACACUGACCUGUUGUGCACAGGGCAGGCAAGAAAGAAAGACCCUUGAAAACAAGGGAAUGGUUUUGGAGUCGUUAUCAAGCUAAAUGGCAAGCAGGAGGCAGAAGCAAAGAUUGUGUAGGUGAAUCUGAAGGGAUUAAUGGGAUAUCUGCUAACAGAGAAGGAGAAUGCAUCAUGUUAAGGUUUUCAUUAUGGCAUGUUUUCUAAGAAUUGUUGAAUAUAAUCCUUUUUUAUUUAUAAAAAAUCCUCCAAACUUACUUGGCAGUUCUCAGUCAAGGGUCAGUCAAACAUGUUCAUAAAAUAUAUUAAUACAUGUGUCUCUGUUUGGGAAAAAAAAUAUGAAAAGUGCCCCAGAAGUCAUAAUUCUGCCUUGCAAAAUGUUUGGUUCUGAUGAUUUCCCCCUUGCUUCAUUUAGAAGAUUAAAAUAUUCUGUGUGUGAGAAAGUUUUCUUAGAGUGAUGGAUUAUGGGCCGUACUUCAUAUUUUAGAGGACAGAGCUAAAAUUUCUACUCUGUGGUGGUCAGGUUUUUGGAAUGUGGCAAGUAGUUCUGUAUUACGGAAGUAUUGCAUAGGAAUGAAGUCCACUAUUUUCUUAAUUUUCCUGUAAUCUUCCUGGCACCUGCAUUACUCAGAACAUGUGUUGCUGCGUUAUUGGGUUUGUGGCUAUAUUUUAUAAGAAGUUGCUACUUUUCCUGCUUCCCUGACAUCACUCACUUACAGUACACUCCGUUAUAUAUGUUUAAUCAGAAAUGAGCUCCAUUAAGCUUAAUGGAAUUUACAGCCAGGUAAGUAUAGGGGUUGCAGCCUUAAUUGGUGGAAGUUGUUUCAUGUCUCUCUCAUAAUCUUGGUGAUUUCAUUCUUUGUAUAACCAAUUUUGACACUGUGAUGGGCCUCUCCUAAACCAGUUUUGAAACACCUGAGAGACACCUGUGAAGAGUGAUGUAUACUUAAAAAAAUAAUCUCUGAAAAUAUGGUGUGGGGGUGAUGGGAUGUGGGGUUGUUUUUUGUGUGUGUUUUUUGGAGGAUCAAAAUGUUGCCCUCCCUGGCCUUACAGCUUUUUCCAUAAUCCACAUAUAAUAAACGAGAUUAUAAUCAGAUGUGAGGCAAUGAAAGGCUUAAAUAAAUCUUUGCUAAUACUGUUUGAUUGGCUUAAUCAAUAAUUAAUCAUCUUUACAUGAGGCUGUAGCUUGUGGAGUAGAUAUAAUUGGAUUAGCUGUGAGAGGCCUUCAGAGCUUUGAAGAGAUUAAAAUGGCUGUCAAUCCUGUAAUUAAACAGCUGCAAACAAAAGCAACAGUUUAAAAAAGAAAAAGGAGGGGUGGCAGAGAGAGAGAGAAAGCUGACUGAAUCUAAAUGAAUCCACAAGUCCUUAAGCACCACUAGAGGCUGGCUGUGUAGCCCAGAUCUCUUUUCCUGACUGACUACUUUCACUCAGUGAAAUGAAUAUGUAUGCAGUUGUGAUUUUGAAGCCGGAGGGGUAGCUGCUCCCCACAUGACAGGUGGGACAUCGACAGCCAUGUUAGCAGGAUUUAAGAAUUAACAAAGGCAGUUUCUUUAUUUCCCUAUUUUUACUUAAACAGAGAACCUGUUCUUUGUCCUUAGCCCAUUAGUGGUUGACUUCUCCUUUUUUCAUAUUGGUCUUAAUUGGCUCCAUGAAUGUGGCCUGCCUGAAUUAGGUCUUUAUUAGUGUUGUGCUCCUAUUUCCCCCACCAAUCAAUUUUGUAUGAAGCUCUGUUCACUCUUUCAUAGUAAGGAUUUGAGCUCCCUCAAAAAUGAGAAUGACUUAAUAUCUGGAUUUUUUUUUCCCAAUUAGUGUUGGCUUUUUCAUUUAUAUAAUUAUUCUUUAUCUAAUGAAAGCAUACAGUUCAGUAUAUACAUAAUUGGUCUAUUUGCUAAUGCUUUUAUAUACUUCUAAAUAUACAUAUUAAAAUUAUGACAAAUUGUCAAUAAAUAUAAAACAUGUUAUUACCUAAUUAUGCUUCAGAGCAAGAGAGGGUACUUCUUUUCAUUCCUUUCCUUCUUUUAAAUAAACAAAUGAUCUACCCCUUGAGAUUUUUAAUCCUUUUUUGUACGUUGUGUUACUAAAUUCAAACUCCUUAUAAUUUCUAAACAUUUUUCUGUCUUUAGUCAUUUCAGUUAAUUUUACUAAAGUCAUUCGUUCCCAGAGUUUCCUUACUAAAUCCAUUCUAUUAGGUUUCUGGCUAUUUUUCCAGGGUUUUUACCAUUGUUAUAAUAUACAGUGCUUGGAUCUGAUGGUUUGGUUUUAUUUGAUUUUAUUUUACUUAUAUAAUUCAACAAAAACAAGAGGGGAUUCAAUGAGAUUUCACAGAAAAUUAAAAAUUAAGAGUGUCAGUGACCAUGGACCAGAAAAAUAUGCAUCAGAAGACAUUUUGAAUUCUCUUUUUAAUAAGGUCUGCUUUUUCAAUAGCUACCUAGGGGGAAAAUGAGGAGAAGAGAUGGCAAAUGUUGGCACUGUGGUAGAGAUAAAAGUGAUUUCAUCCACCUAUGGCGGAAGUUUGGAAAACCUAUAGUUUUGUUGUAGGCCUACAAUUAAUCAGACGCACAGAGCUACUGAAGUGAGGUGAAUAGGCUAGUUCUCUCUGCUCUUUUUUUUUAAUAAAAAAAACCUUAUAUACUUUUCUUGUUUGCAGGGACAAGGUUAUAACACCAAUGGGAGUGCGACCAGAUGGCACAAUGACGCCUUUGGAAGAAGUAGUCUGUCAGUAUCAGACCAACGAGCAAGAGAGUUCAGACUCUGACUAGAAUAUCAGCUGCUUUUCUUUCUCACCCACCUUCCCUUCACCCACAGCAUCUUUUAUUAUCUAAAUAUUAGACCCUUCAGUGUUGCAGCAAAUGUUUUAUCCAUCAAAAUGGAUUGAAUUAUAAAUUUUGUGGUGUAACUAUACUAGCAUUUCUAAGGCCUCGAUUUAUAUAGCAACAAAACACCCCAUUUAUUAACUUAAAAGCUAAUUGUAUUUCAGUGGGAUGAAAAGUGUAGUGUGAAAUUUUAAAAUAAAUAAAUGUUAAUAUUUAUCUGAUACACACACCCCUUUUUUUAGAUGCCUUACAUCAGCCCUCUGUCAAAAGGCAGGAAAUAGAUUGCCUAAUUAGAUGGAUAAAUGUUAAAUAAAUGUUAGGGGAAAUGUUAAAUAAAAGUUGACACAGUAAAAUUGUCACUGGCUUAGGAACAAGCUACCCAAACGGCGCAGCUUUUUAAAUCUCUGGUCUGUGUGUGUGUGCGAGUGCGCCUGGCUGUCAUAAUUAAACAGUCUCUGAAGGAUGGCCAAGUCUUUUUAAAGCAUUCAGAUUUAGAUCAACUGAAUAUCUGUUUUGUUAGAACACUUUCAUUUGUCCCCAAAUCCACAUUAGAUAAUGGGCUUGAAUCCUGUGACUGCAGAGGGGCUCUCGACAUAGCCUAGGUCAGACAUGGCCAAACCUGGCCCUCCAGCUGUGUUGGGACUACAAUUCCCAUCAUCCCUGACCACUGGGCCUGCUAGCCAGGGAAGAUGGGAGUUGUAGUCCCAAAACAGCUGGAGGGCCAAGUUUGGCCAUUCCUGCCUAGGUGAAUAGUUCUGUUUUUUAAAAAACCACCCCCUGGUCUUGGGACAGUGGCUGGCCUGAAAACAUGGGUUGACAAGGCUUGAUAGGGGCUUAAACUAAAGAGUUGGGAAAAUGCCGUGUUAAACAUUCCUUUUUUUGCUGCUCGGAUGUCUUUAUAAAGAAUUAUGUAUGAAAAUAGUCUCUAAUGUAUGAAGCAAUGGAAAUGGAGGGCAGAUUGUGUUGAAUUAUGUUGCUUAUGUGGAAAGAACCUAACUAUAAUAAAUGCUCAGUGGAGGACGUGUUGCAUUCUAUCAAUAAAACUUUAUAUAAAUUAAA